AUGGGCUGUCGGAAGCGGUCCGCCCUUUGCGCAGACGAGAAGAGUUCAAGAGUCGGAGACACAUCGGUCAACAACUCAGCCGUACUGAACCGCCGCUCGAGAUGCGACGCGCACCAUCUGUGCGGUCGUGCUCCGGCAAGAGCAACAGAGCCGUCGAGACUCGAUGCACAUGUUUCGCCUCUUUGCAAUGCGCUGCACUAUUCAUGCCGUUCAUGGAAGUCGAGUUUCCGAAGAUGGGUGCAAGCAUGUGUUGGCUGCGAUCUCGGGUGGCUCGGCCAUGCUACCUCCUAUCACCGCAAUACAAGCCAAAGUUUGGCCGCGGUGGAUGCACUUUACACAAGGAGAGGGACUCAACUUCCUCCUUUUGACAACUUCUCCAGCGAUGUUGAUCCUAGGAAAUUAGGCAGCGCGUUGAUAACCCGUAUUGCCCGCCGACGAGUUAACUCCUAGCUGCAGUUUAGUGUU